UGUGUGUGUGUGCACUUCAGAUUGAGCUGGGUAACACAAAACAGUGUGAGAUUUUUUUUAAUGUUUUGAAUCUGGUACAGACUUUCUGUGAGUCGGGCGAGACUGUGUGUGGUAUAAUUAAUUUGGUAUCAAUAACUGCUGUAUGAGUGAUUUAAAAAUUGGGGAGCAUGCACGAACAUUUGUAUGUGAGUCCCUAGGGAGGCUGGCUGGACCAAGUACGGACGGAAGGGAAAAGCAGGCAUAAAUCGGUACGAGAUAGGCUAAGCAGGCUGGAACAGCAGGACAAGGUAGGAGGAAAACAUUUGGCUGUGAGGGAUAACUUAGGGGAUUUAGGGGGGGCAUGUACAAAAGACUCUAAGGGCUGAGAGGUGUGAGACACGACCAGAGUUAUGGCUGAAUGUAAGAAAGAGAUGAGCCCGAUAGAGAGGGUGAUAAGCAAACACUGUACAGAUGAGAAGGACAUUAGGCAUUAUUGUAAAAAAUGGAGUGAGAAGACUAGUGGUGAGUGGAAAUGGCCCGAGGAAGGUACUCUUGAUGAACAGCUAUGCCAGAUAAUGAAAGAGAGAUUAGCUGUAUGGAAUGAACAGAAAAAAGGCUUGAGAGUGAGGGAGAAAUGUGUGAAGACAGAGAAGAUAGUGGACUGGUUUGUGAAGGCAGGGAAGGAGGAGAAGGAGAAGGAUAGACGGCAGAGAGAACGAGCAGAGGUGGUGGUAUGGAAGAAAGAAGAAAGGGAAGCAAGCCUAGGAAAAAAGAUAAAAGAGGCCAUUCAGAAGGAAUGGGCCGAGGCCCCGCCCUCAUAUAACCCUCAGUACCGCCCUCCCGUGAGACCUGUCGGAAGUGCCCCACCUGCCGGGCUUUACAUGAUGCAAGACCUGGAGGACAGAGAAGAUGAAUGGAAGGAAACCGAGGUGGACAUAUGGGGAACAUUCACCGGAUACCAAAGAAUGAGGCAUCGCAUGCGGGAGGAUGGAGAACCUACCAAAAUGGAAGAAGUAGCUGCCGGAUACGAGGAUAGAACCCCGAUCGAGGGCGAAAGCCCACGGCUGGACCUCCCACAGGUAGGCAACAAAGAGAGGGACAGGGAACUACAGGAGUAUAUGAAAAACUGGACCCACACUCCAGGGUGGCCGGAGCACGGGGAGAGUCCCACCAGCACUAGCACCCCGAGGCCAGGGUCACGGCCGAUGGUGCACAAGCAAAGAGACAAGAAACUGGAGAAAUACCGGAGCAGGAGGAGCAUAAUACCAGUGACAAUCAAGAAGGUCGUAGGAGUGAGAGAGGGCACGAAGUUGAAAACGGAGCACGAGGGGCUCCACAUACCAGAGGAGGAGAAAAAGGGGAGCCGAGAGACAAUGUGGGGCGGGUGGUCCAUAUAG